AUGAUUCUUGGUUAUGCCGAAGACACCAAGGGAUACCGAUUUUACGAUUUGGAGAAAGACAAGAUAUCAGUAUCACGGUCGGUGAAGCUGGAGGAGGGUAUUUAUGAAACGCACUCCACCAAACGAGUAAAAUUGAAACACAUAACGAUGAACAGCGAUGAAAGCGCAGUGUUCGGGCCGACAAAACACAAACAAGAUCAAGAUGAGCCUACGGAGUGUGAAGAAGAAAAAGAAAUUCCUGAUGAUCCAAUGAAUGAGGAGGAGUCUGACACAAAUGGAUAG